AUGGCGGAAGAACUGAUCAUUCAAUACAGCGUGGAAAAUAACCCGAGUUAUACCACGAAUCUGGCUCUAUUUACGAAUGUGAAAAACAGUAUCGAUCUUAGGAAACUGAUCAUCCAAGGAAAAAUAGAAGCUGCUCUUUUAAAUGCUUCCAUGAUCAUAGACCCAUUUCAUGUCGCAAUAGCGGGACACAAAGCUCUGCAACUGUUUCAACAAGGAAAGAUGAAGACCAGGACACUUCAUUCAGAGAUUGUUUUCAAUUUGUCACCUUCUACAAAUGAAUAUAAGGGAAGUAGCAAAGGGUUUGGCUGUGACAUAAUUGAGGCCAAAAUAAACAUGUGGUGUGUGAAUCUUACAGAAAGCGUGAAACAGAAUCAGGACCCCUCUUUUCUUCUUCAACGUGUGGGUACAAAUGAACUGUUUGAGAAUCCUGACGUGCUUGGAAACAGUGCUAGAAUAUCAAAGAUGAUCAAUGAAUCUUUCAAGAAAUUUGGAAUACUGGACAAUACAUCAAGUGUGUUAGUUGUUAUUAUGACCCAGGAAAAUGCCGAAGAAAAGGUUAGCGCGAGUUUUAUACUAGGUAUCUAG